UAUACCAAACCUAAACCUCUCUUUCCUUCUCUUUCUCUUUACUUUUUUUUUCUCAUCCCCAAAAAAUAUCUCUCUGUCUCUAUAUCUCCGAUCAAGUAGUGUUUUGCUCUCUUCGCGAGCAGCUUCGAUGUCUCGUAGUUGCUCACAGUGUGGAAACAACGGCCACAACUCCCGCACUUGUCCCACAGAAAUAACCACCACCGGCGACAACAACAACAACAACAACGGCGGUGCCGGAGAGAAAGGCAUCAUGCUAUUCGGCGUCCGCGUCACGGAAGCUCCGUCACGUUCUGUUAGAAAAACUGUCAGUAUGAACAAUCUCAUUCAACUCGAUCAAACUCUCGAUUCUAACGGCCCUGUUGAAGACGGUGGUGGUUACGCUUCAGACGACGUCGUUCAUGCUUCCGGUAGUAGAAACCGUGAACGCAAACGAGGAACUCCAUGGACAGAGGAUGAACAUAGAUUGUUCCUCACGGGACUGCAUAAAGUUGGAAAAGGUGACUGGAGAGGGAUCUCAAGAAACUUCGUGAAAACUCGAACUCCGACUCAGGUAGCGAGUCAUGCUCAGAAAUACUUUCUCCGGCGAACAAAUCAGAAUCGUCGCCGUCGUAGAUCUAGCCUCUUCGAUAUCACUCCUGACUCGUUUAUAGAAUCUAUACAAGAAGAGAGUCAAAUGCAAACACCACUUGAAGGGAUACAUCUAGGAUCUAAACUAAACCGUUCGGUUCCGGUUCCGGUUCCGAUUCCGAUUCCACCGUCGAGGAGAAUGGCUGGUCUUAACCUUAGCAAGAAAGCUCCAGCGACAACUACGGAGAAGAUGUUUCCGCUGUCGUUGAAUCUUUCGUCGACGUCUUCCUCUUCAUCGUCCAAUGAACAGAAGGCACGUGGGGGAUCACGUGCUUCGGGGUUCGAGGCAAUGUCGAGUAAUGGAGAUAGUAUAAUGGGAGUGGCUUGAUGAAGAAGAUAAUGUUUUAAUUAAUUUAUAUACUAUAUAAAGAUAAAAAGAUCUAAUGAUGAUGAUGAUUAAUGUGAAAAAAUUGAGAGAUAGGCUAAUUAGAUACAUUGAUCAGACUCUCUGGUGAAUUUUAAAGAUUGAAUUAGUUUUUGUGUACAGUAUUUUUUUUUUUUUUCCCUUUUUGGGGAAAGGGAGAAAAGAAACGACUUGUCGUUUUUGUUAUGUUUUGUUGUUAAAGAUAAUAUGGAUGAUGAUGAUGCAAUGAAACAACAAGUAGGUCUCUGUGU